GCCAGCAGCCGAGCUGGGGGCGCGGGCGGGCGGCAUGUACCGGGCCCGGGCGGCGCGGGCGGGGCCGGAGCCCGGCAGCCCGGGGCGCUUUGGGAUCCUCAGCACCGGGCAGCUCCGGGACCUGCUUCAGGAUGAACCCAAGCUGGACCGGAUCGUGCGGCUCAGCAGGAAGUUCCAGGGCCUGCAGCUGGAGCGCGAGGCAUGCCUGGCCUCCAACUACGCGCUAGCCAAGGAGAACCUAGCGUUGCGGCCCCGCCUCGAGAUGGGCCGGGCAGCCCUGGCCAUCAAGUACCAGGAACUUCGAGAGGUGGCUGAGAGCUGUGCGGACAAGCUGCAGCGACUGGAGGAGAGCAUGCAUCGCUGGAGCCCCCACUGUGCACUGGGCUGGCUGCAGGCUGAGCUGGAAGAGGCUGAGCAGGAGGCUGAGGAGCACAUGGAGCAGCUGCUGCUGGGGGAGCAGAGCCUGGAGGCUUUCUUGCCCGCUUUCCAGCGAGGCCGUGCCCUGGCCCACCUGAGGCGGACCCAGGCUGAGAAGCUGCAGGAGCUGCUGCGGCGCCGGGAGCGGUCUGCCCAGCCAGCACCCACUGCUGCUGCGGAUCCCCCCAAACCUUUCCCGGCUGCAGCUGUCCUGCCCACCGGGGCUGGCCGGGGGCCACCAGCAGUGCCCCGAAGCCUGCCCCCCUUGGACUCCCGCCCAGUGCCCCCGCUGAAGGGCUCCCCCGGGUGCCCCCUUGGCCCAGCACCUCUGCUGAGCCCUCGGCCCUCGCAGCCAGAGCCCCCUCACCGGUAGGAUCCAGGGUAUGGCUCCCCAAUGGGGGGCCCAGACAAAGUUGAUGCGUGGCUCCUCCUCCUCCCCCACUGCCUGGGUGGGGGGAGGGGCAGGCCCCUCCCCUUGGCCUCAGGCAGGCCCUGGCCCUGGAGGCUAAGCUGGGGAGGAGGGUCACCUGGAAGAUGCCCAGA